GCGAUGGAGAGAAUGAAACGUUAAAAUGGCUACCUUUGUCCGUGUCGACCGCCUUACAAUUAUUAUUGUAUGCCACGACAGGAACUGAAUUAUACUGAUAUCGUUUUUAUUAUUGUUGAGAUUUUAUUUUGAAUUCUCUCCUAUCGCGGAUUUACGGAGGCAAUCCCAUUUACCCAUUGCCUAGUCACGUCGUCUAUAAUAUCGUUAGUCGUUAUACAGGCGGUCGGCGUCCAAAAUUCCAAAUAUCCAAAAUAAAAAUAUAAAAUAUCCAAUCGCGAGUAACGACAACGCCGAUUGUGUACUGUGCCAUUGGAUUUCAUCCAUUUGUUGGUCCACUGAGACAAGUAUGAGUUCCAUUUCCAACGUCGAAAACCUGUCACCGCAGACUAUCCGCAGGCUAGUACGAGAACAAGAAGAACUGAUAAAAGACCCUCCAGAAGGCAUACGAAUUGUCGUCAACGAUUCUGAUGUCACUGACAUCCAAGCAUUCAUCGACGGUCCUGCGGGUACACCGUAUGCUGGCGGGCGGUUCAAUGUAAAAUUGGUGUUGGGAAAAGACUUUCCACAUACACCACCUAAAGCAUAUUUCCUUACCAAAAUUUUCCAUCCAAACGUAGCUAGCAGUGGUGAAAUAUGUGUCAACACUUUGAAGAGGGAUUGGAAACAAGAUUUAGGAAUAAAACAUAUUCUUCUUACAAUUAAAUGUUUAUUAAUAGUACCAAAUGCAGAAUCCGCUUUAAAUGAAGAAGCUGGCAAACUUCUAUUAGAAGAAUAUGAUCAUUAUUUCCAAAGAGCGCAAAUGAUAACAGAAAUUCAUGCUCCGAUACCUAAAAGUAUGAAGAUAGGACGAGAAGAAGAUUCAAGUGAUGGUCCAUUAGCCAAAAAACAUGCUGGUAGUAAAACAUUAGAAAAGAAAAGAAUUUCUAAAGAUAAAAGGAAAACAUUGAAAAGACUUUAGAUUAUGAAUAUUUAAACUUGUAUUAUAUUAUAUUGGAUGAACCUCAAUCGAACGUCGUCAUUAUAUUUUAUAGCUCCUUGAAACCCUACUAAAAAAAUAGAUUUUUCCAAUUCCUGUAUUUUUUUGUUCGGUUGCUGUGUAAUAAAAUUAAGAUUCAAUUAUUUUGUGAAUUCAAACAAGUGUUAAGCUAAUUCAAAAUUUGUAACCUGUAUGUAUAUAAAAUAUUUAAUAGAUAAUUUAUUAUAAUAUAAAAUGUUCUAAAAAGUGA